UCUAGGGUCAAUAUUUACAUUUUAAACAGAGUGAUGAGUUUUAGUUUUCGGAUUAUGGUUGUUGAAUUGCAAUGAGAAUUGUUUUUGUUGCAGAAUAACUCAAGUCAAUAUAUUUAUUAAGAAUUAUUUCAAAACAUAAAAAUGUCGAAACUUUUACCUGAUUUACCGAAGGGACCACUAGAUAUAUACAGAAAAAAGGCGACAUUCGACUGGAAGAAAUUGAAAAUCUUUUUAGAGACUGAGGAGAUUGUGGAGUUCCAGAAUGAAUUAUACGAAGCUAUUAAAAAUGAACCGGAAUUUCGUCCAGAUCUCCAUCAAUCCUUUGAUGCAAACAGACUGAAAACAACGAGACAAGUUUUCGCCUACCAAAGACUAGAAAUCGCCAAACUGGAAAACACAUUGUUAAACUUACGAAGACCUUACACUGUCCUUAGAACCAUGUUUCAAUUAAACCCCUGUACAGAAGUGAAACAUUCAGUCGGAUUCUCUUUGUUCACCAGCGUCAUAAGAUCAAUGGGAAGCGAGAGGCACCUUAAGUUCAUCUACGACGCAGUCGACCAAAAAAUUUUUGGAUGCUUUUGUCUGACGGAAAUCGGCCACGGUACUAACACGAAAGGCAUGAGGACCACGGCAACGUACGAUAAAACUAAAAAAUGCUUUAUCCUACACACUCCAGAUUUUGAGGCCGCUAAAUGCUGGGCCGGCAAUUUGGGACAAUGGGCAACGCACGGUGUGAUCUUCGCCCAGUUGAUAAUCGAUGGUAAAAACUAUGGCUUGCACAAUUUUGUCGUACAGAUCCGGGACACCCAUGAUCUGUUGCCACUUACUGGCGUCACUGUUGGAGACAUGGGUGAAAAAAUCGGAUUAAACGGAUUAGACAACGGCUUCGUAAUGUUCGACAACUAUGAAAUCCCGAGAGAGAGCCUCUUAAAUAAACUGGCAGAUGUCACGGAAGAUGGGGAAUACAUAACUAGUUACAAGGAUCCAAAGAAGCGUCACGGUGCUUCUUUAGGUGCCUUAUCUGGUGGCAGAGUCAACAUUGCUGGCAUCUGCGAAGCUUACGGCUCUAAAGCUCUGGUGAUAGCUAUCAGAUACGCCGCAGUGCGAAAGCAAUUCGGACCGGGCGACCAAGAAGUUCCGAUUUUGGAAUACCAAACGCACCAACAACGACUUCUGCCGUACUUGGCGGCCGCUUAUGUCCUAAGAAACUUUAACACGUUCUUCAUCGAGAGAUUUUACCAAUUCAGUUUGGAUUCUAUUUUCGGCAACAACGUGGAAAGUUUACCCGAUUUGGGGGUUGAAUUCCAUGCCGUGUCUUCCGGAUCCAAACCCAUGGCUGGCUGGUUGAUGCGUGAUGCUAUACAACAGUGUAGGGAAAGCUGCGGUGGACACGGGUACUUAAAAGCAUCUGGAAUUGGUGACCUAAGAAACUGCAACGACGCCAACCUGACCUACGAAGGAGAGAACCAUGUUUUAAUACAACAGACUAGUAACUGGCUGUUGAAAUUUUGGCCUGCUAUUCUAAAAGGGGAGCAAAUAAGUUCUCCUUUAAAUUCUAUUGACUUUUUAUCUAAUGGAAAGUCUAUUUUGAAACAAAAACUUUCCGCUAAAUGUCUAAACGAAAUGAUUGAACCGAAUAAUAUUAUUGGUGCUUAUGAAUGGUUGGUUUUGCAUUACAUGAAAAAAACUGUUGAAAAAUAUGAAACUUAUCCCAAAGAUGAAGUCAGUCAGUUUUGGGCAAAAGCUGACAUUCAAGUUUACAACGCUAAAAGUUUGGCUAUUGCCUUUAUUGAGCACUUCUUCCUUCAAAGAAUGUUGAUUACAAUCAAACAAUCUCCAGAUGAAAAUAUACGGAGAGUUUUACAAAAAUUGUUUUCUUUGUAUGGCCUAUGGUCAAUGGAAAAACAUUUGCCAGCAUUUUACCAAGGCGGAUACACCACUGGUCCUGAAUUGACUAGUUUUGUGGAAAAUGGAGUUUUAACGCUCUGCAAAGACGUCAAAGAUGAUGCCGUUGCUCUGGUCGACGUUAUUGCACCUCCAGACUUUAUUUUGAAUUCAGUUUUAGGCUAUUCUGAUGGAGAAGUCUACAAGCAUUUGCAGUCUGCCAUGAUGAGGUCUCCGUAUUGUCUCAGCAAGCCAGAUUGGUGGAAGGAAAUAAUCAAGAACAAAUUAUAAUAAUUGUACAAAAAUUCAAUUUUUAUGUUUUCAAUAUAUGGUUGUUAGUUAUUUUUUAUAAUUUUAUACAUGGUUUUUCUUAAAUAAAUUGUUUUGUUGAA